AUGGACGGCUCCUUCGUCCAGCACAGUGUAAGGGUUCUGCAGGAGCUCAAUAAGCAGCGGGAGCGGGGCCAGUACUGCGACGCCACCCUGGACGUGGGUGGUCUGGUGUUCAAGGCGCACUGGAGUGUCCUCGCCUGCUGCAGCCACUUCUUCCAGAGCCUCUAUGGGGAUGGCUCAGGGGGCAGUGUCGUCCUCCCUGCCGGCUUCGCUGAGAUCUUUGGCCUCCUGCUGGACUUUUUCUACACUGGCCACCUCGCCCUCACCUCGGGAAACCGGGACCAGGUGCUCCUGGCAGCCAGGGAGUUGCGGGUGCCAGAGGCUGUAGAGCUGUGCCAGAGCUUCAAGCCCAAAGCCUCAGUGGGGCAGGCCCCAAGUGGCCAGAGCGGGCUGGGGAAAGCCGCCCCUCGGGAUGUGAACAGCCACCUCAAGGAGCCAGCAAGCUUGGAGGAAGGGGACGUUUCGAGGACGCUGGGUCAAACCCCCAGGGAUCCGGAGCUCAGCGGUAGUCCCAGCCUCCAGAGGCCCCAGCUUGGUCUCCCUGCUCAGAGUGAGAACCCCGCCUUCCUCCGUGGGAAACUCAAGCAGGCUCUGAAGCUUUGUCCCCCUGAGGACAAGGAGCCUGAGGAUUGCAGAGUGCCCCCAAGGCCCUUUGAGGCUGAAGGUGUCCAGCUGCAGGGCGGGAGUAACGAGUGGGAAGUGGUGGUUCAAGCUGAGGAUGAUGGGGAUGGCGAUUAUGUUUCUGAGACUGAGACUGUGCCGACCAGGAGGAAAUCAAACGUGAUCAGAAAGCCCUGCGCUGCCGAGCCGGCCCUGAGUGCAGGUUCCCGGGCAGCCGAGCCUGCUGAGAGCAGAAAAGGUACAGCGGUGCCGGUUGAGUGCCCCACAUGUCAUAAAAAGUUCCUCAGCAAAUAUUAUCUAAAAGUUCACAACAGGAAACACACUGGGGAGAAACCCUUCGAGUGUCCCAAAUGCGGGAAGUGUUACUUUCGGAAGGAGAACCUCCUGGAGCACGAAGCCCGGAACUGCAUGAACCGCUCGGAACAGGUCUUCACGUGCUCCGUGUGCCAGGAGACAUUCCGCCGCAGGAUGGAGCUGCGGGUGCACAUGGUGUCCCACACGGGGGAGAUGCCCUACAAGUGCUCCUCCUGCUCCCAGCAGUUCAUGCAGAAGAAGGACCUGCAGAGCCACAUGAUCAAGCUGCACGGAGCGCCCAAGCCCCACGCGUGUCCCACCUGUGCCAAGUGCUUCUUGUCCCGGACGGAACUGCAGCUGCACGAGGCUUUCAAGCACCGUGGGGAGAAGCUCUUUGUGUGUGAGGAGUGCGGCCACCGGGCGUCGAGCCGAAAUGGCCUGCAGAUGCACAUCAAGGCCAAGCACAGGAACGAGAGGCCGUACGUCUGUGAGUUCUGCAGCCACGCCUUCACCCAGAAGGCCAAUCUCAACAUGCACCUGCGCACACACACAGGCGAGAAGCCCUUCCAGUGCCACCUCUGCGGCAAGACCUUCCGCACCCAAGCCAGCCUGGACAAGCACAACCGCACGCACACUGGCGAGAGGCCCUUCAGCUGUGAGUUCUGCGAGCAGCGCUUCACGGAGAAGGGGCCCCUGCUGAGGCACGUGGCCAGCCGCCACCAGGAGGGCCGGCCCCACUUCUGCCAGAUCUGCGGGAAGACCUUCAAAGCCGUGGAGCAGCUGCGUGUGCACGUGAGGAGGCACAAGGGGGUCAGGAAGUUCGAGUGCACCGAAUGCGGCUACAAGUUCACCCGGCAGGCCCACCUGCGGAGGCACAUGGAGAUCCACGACCGGGUGGAGAACUACAACCCACGGCAGCGCAAGCUCCGGAACCUGGUCAUCGAGGACGAGAAGAUGGUGGUGGUGGCGCUCCAGCCGCCCACCGAGCUGGAGGUGGGCUCGGCUGAGGUCAUCGUGGAGUCGCUGGCCCAGGGCGGCCUGGCCUCGCAGCUCCCUAGCCAGAGACUGUGUGCGGAGGAGAGCUUCUCGGGCCCGGGAGUCAUGGAGCCCUCGCUCAUCAUCACGGCCGCCAUCCCCGAGGACUGUGACACGUAGUCCUCCCCUCCUCGCCAACACCCCCUGGCCCCCAGCGCUGGCCACUUGGCUCCGUCCCCCAAUAAACCACAUGGCUUUG